AAACGUCAACAUGUCAAAUGAUGACAGAGGCGUCAAAAGUUAAAAUCGUAAUUUGUAAUGUAAUAGUGGUUCUAAAAACCGAACUUGAAUUGUAGGUAUAUAAUGUAUCACAAUGAGCUGGUUUGAUGCAUCAGGUUUGGCUAGCAUAGCCAAAACAGCAUUAAAAGAAGCUCAAAAAACAAUAGAUAAAGCAUUGGACAUUAAAGAUGAUCUAAAUGCCAUACCCGUUAAUACACCCAUUGAUACAAACCCUGAUGAUUUUUUUGGUACAUGGGGAAUAACAGAGUCUGGGCACAUUAAAGAGGAUAAGAAAUUUCCUAAUGAUGCAUUAAAACAAGCCAGAAAUAGUAACAGCAUAUGGGGAUCUUUCAGUGGGUCAUUUUUUGAAACUGCAGCUGCCCACAAAGCCCAAAAAUCAAUAUCUAUUGAUAGCUUAGAUGACUCGUUGGAUAUGGGCACAGAACACUUUAGUUCAAGUAAACUGGUAGUGCAUCAUAGUGAUGAUAUUGACAGCCAGCUAUCCAGAAUUUCAAUAAGUGAAUUAAAUGAAAAUUUUCACAUUAAUAAGGAAAACCUGAAACCUGUUGAUGAAAAUCAAGAUGUAGUAGUUAAAAGAGUUGAAAAACCUAAUGCUUUGCAUGUAAAUCGUUUGUCAGCAAUUAGUAUAGAAAGUGAAAGAAAUAGUUCUGCAAGUUUAGAUAUAAUAUCACCUAGUACUGAAUGGACCACUAGUCCAGAAUCCGAUAUGCUUUCAGUGGCCCAUUCUUUGUCCACUUCUAGUUCUGCUAUAGGUUCCAAACAAGUAUCAGAGUCAGUUGAAAUAGUUCCAGAAAGUCUAACAAGUCCUAGUUCUGUGGAGGUUUUAGGAACAGAAAGUAGUAGCAGGAGAGAGUCCCAACAAAAUACUGAUGACUUUGUAUCACCCAUUGAAUCCCCUUGGGAAAAAUCCAGCUCUUCAAUCGAAAAAAUAUCUCCUGAAAGUGUCGAAAUAAUACCAGAGGAUCAAGAUGAAACAAGUGUGGCAGAGGACACAAUGUCGUACACUUCAAUUUCCGAAAGCACUUCCGCUACCGUUCUAGAUUCCGCUUUUAAUAUGUUUAAGUCACAAAAAAUGCUUAAAGACACAUACAUUAGGAACGAAGUUAUGACCGAGAGUGGUGCCAGCGAUUUAUCGCAAAAUUCCGAUAGCAUUUUUAUUGGGACUGAAGCUAUAACUAGAGCACCUAGUCGUAGUACCAUGAAUUUACCCUUAGCACAAGUGAACCAGGUAUUAAUUGACACCCAGCCACAAAGUACCAACCAAGACAUGCCUAACAUCUUAAAGAAAACCAAUGUGAUUGAUUUCUCACAAGACAAUGACAGCGUUAAAAGUGAAAACAUAGAAAAUCUAAUGGACACUUCUACGGACGAAGGAUCCCAAUCUGAUAAGACAAUAAUGGCAAGUGAUAACAUAAUGGAAAGCAGCAGCGAUACUAGCACAACCGAAACUAGUGGACAUUCGUCCUAUUUAAAAAACAUGCUUGCAGAUGCAAUGACCGAAAAAAGUAGCGAACACUCCAACCAAUUGUAUGACUUGUCUCAAGGGGUGAUGUUGAAUUCCUCCAAGGAAGAAGCAUUAGAAAAUAUCACCAUUUCACAACUGGAUAUGCCGGCAAGGGAACAUUCGCCGAUAAGUUCCGAAAGUCGUUCUGACCUGGUAAAGAUUGGUUCGGACUACACUUCUGGUCAUACGUCCGGCGAUGAACUAGAAACAACCACAUCGUCCGAUUUAGAAAUUAUUUCCAGUCCAAACGGCGAUUCGAGCAGCACUCAAAGCAGGCAAAGUCCAGCAAAACAGACAAUUCACCACAAAAUAAAAACGGACGGGUGUUCCGUCGAUAGUCUCUUAUCUAAGAUGACGAUGAAAAAGGCCAAAGGACACAAUCGGGAGCUAUCGGAAGCAUCCAGCAUCAGCGACGAUUCACAUUCCUCGGAAGUCGAGAAGCUGAUUAAAAGAAUUUCCGAGAUGACGGAGAUUUUGGAAUCGAGAGAAUCAAAGUUAAUUGAUGUAAACAGAAGGAAUGCCGAGCUGCAAGAUAUAAACAACGACUUAAAAUACCAACUUGAUUCCUUCUUGAGCAAACAACUUGAGUCUGCCGAAUUGUUUCAAGUGACCGAGGAGUACACGCAACGAUUGUCAGCGUUAGAAAAGAAAUUCCAGCAGGCCAUAAGAGAGAAAGAUACUUUGAGAAAACAAUUGGAGCAUAGCAAGCAGGAUGCUGCAACAAAGAUGAGCAAAAGCGAUCUGGAAUCCUUAAUUUCGGAAAAAGAUGAAACUAUAAAAGAACUUAGAGAAGAGGGGGAAAAGCUAUCAAAGCAACAGUUGCAACAUUCCAAUAUAAUCAAAAAGUUAAGAGCCAAGGAAAAGGAAAAUGAAAUUACCAUAAAACAUAUGAAGGAAAAUAUUGAAAGUUUAUCCACCGAAACCGAACGUCUAAAACGUUCUUUAACAGCAAAAGAGGAAGUGGAACGUUCGCAAAUCGAGGCAGUUUAUCAAUUGACAGCCAAAAAUAAAAAAAUUGAAACAGAGUUAGCAAAACUUCAAAGUGAAUUGGACGACUUAAAACAAAAAUACGACACCACUAAAAAAUCAUUAGAUGCAGCCAAAAAAGAAUUACAAGACAAAAACAGAACUGGUUCCGAAUUACUCGCUAGAGAACAAAUGUUGGAAAGUUUGGAAAACCAGAAGAGGGCAACGGAAUCGCAAAACGAGGAGAUUAUGGGACAAUUGGAGAGUCUACGUUUAAAACUAAGACAAUGUGAUCAAGACUACCUUAAAAAGGAAUUGGGGUUGAAAAACGAAAACAAUGAAUUGUUACAAAGGUUGGAGGAAGCUGAAGCUAGAAAUGAGGAGCUGUCCCAGUCGAUUUUGGAAGUUAGUAAGCCACUUGUACGUCAACUGGAAUCCCUACAGGCCACACAUAACUCAAAAGUAACCAGCUUUGAAAGCUUGGAACAACAGUACACCAUAAAAAUAAGCGAACUACAAACAAAAUUGCAAGCAACAGUAAAAACAGAGAAGUUAGCAAAGGAAGAGUGCAAUGGUUUAAGAUCUAAAGUUGCGGAAUUAGAGGGGCAUCUUAGUUCAUUGAAGCACCAACAAGAACUAUUUCAAAUGAAAGUUGAACAACAAAAGACUGAACAUCAAAUUAAAGAAAACGAUUUUAAAACGGAAAUUGGCAAGAUAAAGGAUUCACUAGUAUCUGCACAGCAAAAAGUUGAGGACCAAUAUUCUGAAAUUAAUGCAUUACAACAACAGUUAAAAAUUGAAAAGGAAGCUAAUAAUGCGGAAAGAAAAAGAAAAGAAUUAUUGUUUAAGGAACAUAACGACCCUCCUCACAUAUCCGGAGGUAGACUUUCUCCGGAAACAGGAAGUAAUUCACCAACCCUGAGUUUAGGAAAAGCUUCUAUAGCGGAUUCAUUAUCAAGUUCAUUUUGGUCACAGGAUGAGCCUUUUGAUAUAGCACAAACUCCGCGAUACACAAAUAUGCUUGAAAUGCAGAUGUUACAAACUAAUGUAAAACAAAAAGAUGGUGAACUACAACAGCUGCAAUGGGAGUUAAAUAGAAGGGAGCAGGAAAGAUCUCUCCUCAACUUGGAAAUUUCUAGUUUAUUAACAAAAGUUGAAGGUCUGGAAAGCAGUGUGGUAGAGUUAAAGACCUUGAAAACCCAGUUUAUUGAAGUUCAACAGCAAUAUGAUACUUUGUGUCAGUUGUAUGGAGAAAAGGUGGAAGAAAAUGAGGAGUUAAAACUAGAUUUGUUAGAUGUCAAAGAAAUGUACAAAGCUCAGAUUGAUGAGUUAUUAAGACAGCAAAAACAACAGCUAAAAUAAUAGCAUUAUGUUCUGUAUUAUUUUAUCUUUACUUAUACAAUUUUAUGGGCUAGUCUUAUAAAAAUAUAUAUACAUACAAUGGUUAAAAUAGAGAAGUUACUAUAAAUUUAUAGUAGGUGGCAAAUUUUUGUAUACUGCUUUUAUAUGUUUGGUGAAACUUUUUAUUACUCCUAAGAAUAUGUUUGUGAUCCAUUAUACAUAAUAUAUAUACAUAUUAUGUUUUGAUUUGAUUUCAUUAAAUUUCAAUGAGACAUUUAUUUGUAAAAUAUACCUACUUUUGUAAUUGCAAUUCGAGAGUAAAAGAUUUUAAUCUGUGAUAAUUUAAAAUAUUUAUACUUGCAUAUUGCUUGCAAUAAAACUAAGCAUAAUUUUGUUUUAAUAAAG